UGAAAUGAAAUUGACACUUGCAGUUUGAAAAAGCGUUGUAUAGUGACCGGCCGUUUCACGUUAUAAACAGUGAUAAAAUCGAAAAUGUCAGCUUUUCAUGGAUUUCCCGAAUUGCCGGGACCUGAUGAAACAGCCUUCUGCAAACUAAAUGAAGUAUAUUGCUGCGGGAACUGCCGAUAUGGCAACAUUUCAACAUUUACCAACACCACUAAGAAACAUCCAGUGAUAAACGUAACAAGAGAGAUACAUCAUCAUCGUGCCACCGACGAAAAUGUAUCCAUGUACGUCGACGUUGAAGACAAUUUACUGAAAAAAAUAACCAGUGUGUGGUACAAACAGGGGUUUCUAGAAGCUUUGAGCGUAGCCGCAGACCCUAGCGUCAAUCGAGAAAGCCCAGUACUCGCUCUGACCGCGUCAUACCUUUUAAAAGUCGCUAAUGUGUUUACGGCCUUUCAUUAUUUCAUGCAGCCACAUUUAAAAGAUAUUGGGCCUAAAAUCGUGGCAAAUUACUCUAAGACCAGGAACUGGGGGAGUGGCCCUAUAAAAUGCUUGGCUUGGCACCCUCAUACUACUAAAAUAGCGGUAGCAACCACUGAUGAUAACAUAAGAGUGUAUUGCACGGAGGCUUCGUUUGUGCCGAUGUUGAAAUGUAAAGCGCAAGGACACGUGUCUUCGCUUAGUUGGAGACCAUAUUCGGCUUCGGAGAUAGCUGUGGGGUGCGAGCAGGGAGUAAUUGUGUGGACAGUGGACCCUAAUUCUACAUUUACAAAGCCGUCUUCGAGUAAUGCAGUAGUUUUGAAACAAAAUAACCACAGUCCAGUAACAGACGUAAGCUGGUCACCCAAUGGUGACCUCCUCAUCAGCUGCAGUGGAGCCGACACCUCCAUGCUCAUAUGGGAUGUCAGCAUGGAAACGGCAGUGCCAUUGAGACGUGUGGCCGGUGGUGGUAUAGUCUUCUCUCGGUGGUCGUUUGGCGGGAGCAAAGUGUUUGCCGCCACAUCAUCUAUAAUAUUUAGGGUGUGGGACACUAAACAGUGGACGCCGGAGCGCUGGUGUGCGCGCGGCGGUCGCGUGGUGGCUGCUUGCUGGGGGCCCGGCGAUCUUCUGCUAUUUGCUGCCAAGAGCGAACCUAUGGUCUAUGCGCUUAGUAGCACUGGGCUUAUGAAUGGCGCCCAGAACAUGAAAGCAUUACCAGUACUGGACGUGACAAAGACUGAGCUACCAUCAGGUGACCCCGUAGGGGGUCCUAUAUUAGACAUGUGCUGGGACCCCUCGGGCCGAUACCUGGCCCUCAUGUUUGAGGAGUCUGCACUUGUGGCCGUCUUCUGCACUACUAAUAUCAUGAUGCAGCUUAAAAUAACACCCUGCUGUUUCGUAUGCGGUAUAGAGAACGAAGUGCCACUGACUAUGGCGUUCCAACAGAAUUUCACCGACGGGGCCUGUCUGACAGUGGCCUGGUCUAGUGGCAGAGUUCAACACUUCCCUAUCGUGUACACUGAUGGUUACUAGAGUUACCAUUCUUACCAUUGCUAAGUGAUCAUGGACUUUAGCAGAACUUCGGGCUUGUCUUUAUAUGAACAUGGACUAGUGGUCCAUAUUAUUAACAUGUUCAUAAUAUAUCUACAACUGAAGCUCAAAGUGAGUACUAGAGUGACCUAGUGAGUGAAGCGACUACCAUUUUAGAAGAAUUUUACCGACGGGGAUUGUCUGACAGUGGCUUGGUAUCGUGGCAGAGUUCAACACUUGCCUAUUGUGUACACUGAUGGUUACUAGAGUUACCAUUCUUACCAUUGCUAAGUGAUCAUGGACUUUAGCAGAACUUCGGGCUUGUCUUUAUAUGAACCAGUAAUAUGGACUAGUGGUCCAUAUUAUUAACAUGCUCAUAAUAUACAGCUGGAGCUCAGUGGAUCCUAGAGUGACCUAGUGAGUGAAGAGUACAGUACUAAAGCGACUACAUAAUUUUAGAAGAAUUUCACCGCCGGGGCUUGUCUGAAAAUGGCCUGAUCUAGUGGCAGAUUCAACACUUCCCUAUUUAUAGACAAUCGCUGAUGGCUACUAGUUAUUAUUGCACUAUACCAAAGUGAUCUCGAUUUCUAAAAUGUUUGAAAUGGCGACUUCACAUCCACUCCAACCCUACCGUAAAACCACCCAAAUAUAAUCCAAUACUGCAACUAUGAUUCACAAGUUGAAAGGUAAUUAAGUAUAAGUACUAGGGCGGUUUGGUAAGUAGCUUGGUUCGACCUGAAAACAAAUGUGUUGAGGAAUGUUGUGUACUUUAUGAAACCAAGCUUUAUAAAAAUGUGCAGAACUCACUCAGUUGAGAUCCGUAUGGCUUCAUCUAAUUCGCGUACUUUUAUUUUUCUGCCAGCUAAAACUAUAUCUUGAAUUUCUAUCGAACCAAGUUACUUCUCAAACCACCAAUACCGUAGCAAUGUUAUUUUAGAUAUUGUCUGAGUUUUUUCUUUGUCUUAGAACUACAAAAUUCGAAUAAAAUACACUUUAACGAAGAUAAUCGAGUUAAUUUUGGGCUAUAGUU